UCGGUCGGUUCGUAAAAUCAAAGCACGAGUUACACUUCAAUUGUUCUCAGUCACGAACAUAAGGAAGUGAGACGCGAGUGAGUGGAGGAUCGGCGCCAUGACGACCUGUCAACAAAGCAAACCCGGCUUGACACAAGCCCCGCCCCCAUCUGCUCAGAAUCCCUGCUGAUUGGAGCAUGUGGUGUAAAGUUCAGAGCUGAAGCUGUGCAGUUAGUCUCUGUGUGUGUGUGUGUGUGUGUGUGUGUGUGUGUGUGUGUGUGUGUGUGUGUGUGUGUGUGUGUCACUGUGGUCGCACUGCACUGAUUUAUUUACACAGCAGUCCUGAAAUAUACACCAGUGAGAACUUAAGGAUGGUGGGUAAAAAGGUGGCUAGAGAGAUGCCGUUGUCCUCAGUGUGUGAGGAUGACGGUGAUGAAGGUCAUGAGGAGGAGACGAUAGGAGGGAUCAGGAGCAGGCCGCCGAGCCGACCUCGAAACAUCUACAGCCGAGGCAGCGUGGACACCCAGGCAGUCAUACGAGCAAGCGGCUGUAGCAGGAGAGAGCAGAGAUCCGAAGAUGAGGAUGGUGUUGAUGGAAAUGACGAGAAGGAGGAGGAGGUGGAGGAAGGCGGUCGGAGCAGUGAAGCGGUUGACGGACAGGAGGGAGCCGAUGCGGGUUUCACCGCUGAUGAAGACUAUGACACGGAUCUGGAGCCUGAAGAUGGGACAGCGAGGUAUGACCCCACGGGUGAGGCACCUUACCGAGAGAUGUGUAAGAUGUUCAACGUGGUUCCAGUCUCCUACUUCCUCAGGAACAUUCACAGCCCAGAACUGACCAUGAUGCAUCACGGACUCGGCCCUCAGGGUAGCAAAGCCCUGGCAGUUCCCUUGGUAACCAACACCUCCAUUCUGAAGCUGAAUCUGCGAGAUAAUGGAAUGGAGGGAGAAGGUGGAGCCGCCAUAGCUGACAUGCUGAAGGAGAACCUUUACAUCACAGGAAUAGAUCUUUCAGAGAACAGGCUCGGUGAGGUGGGGAUAAAGGCUCUGGCCAGCAUGCUGCUCGAGAACACCUCCCUCAUCUCCCUUAACCUUUCUGGGAACCAUCUGGACGAACGAGCGGCUAAACACCUGGCUACGGCGCUGACCAAAAACCAGCACCUGCAGCAUCUGGACCUGAGCCACAACCGGCUGGGAGAAGCAGCAGGGGAAAUUCUGGGUCCUGCUAUAGCCGAGAACACUGGAUUGAAGUCACUCAGUCUGGCCUGGAACAGCAUUCGAGGAAAUGGAGCCAUCGCUUUGGCUAAAGGCCUUGUGGCUAACAUAUUCUUGCAAACUGUGGAUUUAUCUUACAACGGACUGGCCGAGGAGGGAGCGACGACUCUCGGGGAAGGGCUUAAAGACAACAACACGCUGGAGGAACUGAAUAUCAGUAUUAAUCGUAUCCCUCCUGAAGGAGCGGUCCACUUAGCCGUGGGUCUGAAAGCAAACAACAACCUGCGGAUUCUUAAGAUGGCUCGGAAUCCCGUCCGGCCGGCCGGAUGUCUUGCUCUGCUCAAAGCUAUAGAAGAAAACCCUUCAUCUUCAAUGGAGUAUCUGGACUUCACUGACAUCAGUGUGGACCAAGAGUUCGAAGAGUUGCUUAAUUCGAUAAAAGAUACGCUACCAAACUUCCGAGUGAAACACGGUGGCACUUUAAGAAAACCUUUCCAAAAACCUUAAGAGCUGACCUCUAUGUACAGCAGCAUUCGAAUCUGUCACUUAGAUAUGUGUCUUGUGAAAAGAAAACCCAGAAAGAAUAUACAAAAAGAAGAAGAAGAAGAAGAAGAAGAAGAAGAAGAAGAAGAAGAGCAGCAUGGACGUCCAUUCUCGACUGUUUAACUGGAUUAGUGAGCAGAAGCACCUGCUGUGUGUAAUAUUAUGAACAGCUGCUGAACACAGCGACGUUCGCACGCAUGACUUAACUCAUGAUUUUCUUUUACCCUGCACUGGAUGGCAUUGAGCUAAGGAAUAAAAUUCUUUCAAAAAGUAUGUAAAAAAUCGUUCAUUAAGAUUUCUGUACUGUUCAGCUGUGAUCCAAAUAUAACCUGAGAUACAGGUAAGGUACACAUAAGGUACCUAUCUAAGGUACUGGUAAGGUACAUGUGUAUAUUAAAGGAUACAAGCAAAUUAGAAAAUAACCAGAGGGCUGGAAUUGGGCCAUGUUUGGGUUGGCACUCUAUAUUUCAGCUCACUGGUUUGAAGAAAAUUUUCAUUUUAAAGUCCGGAUGAUGUAUUUUCUCUGUUCUUGACUACGCCAUUUAGAUCUUCCUCAUAGCCUGAUUGGUUUUAACCCGGUUUUCAGCGUGUCAUCUCUUGGAUUGAUCACUAUAGGUCUAGUUUCUCAUUUGUUCUUCUUCUUAUGAACAUUCAUUCAUUCAUUCAUUCAUUCAUUUUCUACCGCUUAUUCGAACUUCUCGGGUCACGGGGAGCCUGUGCCU